AUGAGGGGUACCGAAACAAUUCGAUCUGCCAUCACAACUAUUAGGGAUAACUCGGGCAUCGUACACAGGGAGAAAGAGAAGGUCUGCACAGACUUCUACGCGAAGUUAAAUAGUGUGCCUCAGAACAUCAUACCUAUUUCUACACAAAAAAAUGGUAACAUCCAACCUCCUACAAAUAUUAUAGCACCAAUAACAGAGUUCGAGGUCCACUGUGCACGUUGA